UAUAUUUGUGUUUUGCAUUUUGUUUUGAUGUUGUCUUUUAGUUUCUUUUGUUUUGUUCUGUUUAAGGCACGAUGGACGAAGGUGAUAAAAAUAAUUCAGCCAAUGGCCAGUUUGUUGGAGUGCGCAUGCCCCACCGGAGGGACAGACCACGUGUUGUGGAAAAUGGCGUACACAGCGAUGAAGGCGGGAAGUACAAUCCGUCAGAAUGGGUUCAGAAUCUGAUUAAUAACGUGAAGUCUGAGGGCCAUAAGACUCACAGUGUCUUCAGUGAGUUGGACGUUCUUAAGGAGUAUAACGGGUCCAUCGAGUGGCGAGAGGCAGCCAGAUGGGUGAAAUACGAAGAAGUGGUGGAAGAAGGCGGGAAAAGAUGGUCCAAACCCCACGUGGCCUCUUUAUCGAUGCAGACGAUGUUUAAUCUGAGAAAAGCCCUUAAGGAGGCCCCGGUCAUCAUGGACUACGACUGUCAUACCUUGUCUCAAGUCAUAGACAAGUUCACGGACGAAUGGGUGGACCGGAACCAGUUAGAUCCACGAUUCAGGGCCCAUAUCCGGGAUGUUGCCCUUAAAGGUCACAAGCACCAUCACAUCAAAAGAGCGCGAAAUCAAAGACGAGGCUCUACCACUACACGCCCUCUAGCGGACAUUAUGGAUGAAUCAGGUGUGAAUGGCAGUACUGGGCAUCUUCCGUAUUCCGCUAGCUUUGCCAGCAUCAACAGUGACGGUUUAGGUAGCAGUAAUAGUAACAACGAUCUCCAGGAAAUGGGCAUGGUAGAGAGUCCCUCCCAAUCCUCGCUAUCCCCGAACUGGAAGCCAAAUACCAACUUUUUGAGAAAAAUUCCCAAAGAUUCCCACGUUGCCAACAUUAUGGUUGGAGAAGUGGAAGAUCUUCCUACCCGGGUCAUGGGAUUCAUGCGCCUAAAGGAGCCGAGGAUAUUACAGAAUGACCUCAGCGAGGUCAAUAUUCCGACGCGCUUCGUUUUCUUCUGCCUGGGCAGACGGGGUGAGGAGGAGGAAUUGAUCGAGUUUGGUCGAUGUGUAGGAACCAUGAUAGUAGAUGAGAUUUUCCGUGAAGUUGCUUAUAAAGCACGUGAUCGGGACGAUCUUUUGGCGGGAUUUGAUGAAUUUAUGGAACAAGUGAUUGUGCUGCCACCUGGUGAAUGGGAUCCAAAGAUCCGCCUCGAACCACCAGGAAAAGUCCAGUCUCAGGAACACAGGCGCCAGUCUGUUGUGUCUGGGAGUCCUAAUGCCCCGGGUCUUCCAGUGAAGAAGGCAGAGGAAGCGGAAGAAGAGUCUCACGUGGAUCCCUCUUUAGUGAUGUCAAAAAUACCUUUUAAAGGCUUGGUUGACGAUAUUAAGAGGAAGGUGCCAUUUUAUUUGUCUGAUUUUAAGGACGCACUUCACGUGCAGUGCCUGGGCUCAUUUGUUUAUGUCUUUCUUGGAACACUUACACCUAACGUCACAUUUGGAGGAUUGUUGGGGCAGGCUACCGACCAGUAUAUGGGCGUGAUGGAGUGUAUUUUUGCUGCUGCAGUAACAGGAAUCUUGUUUGCUUUAUUUGGUGGACAGCCUCUCAACAUCCUGGGAAGCACUGGGCCUAUGUUGGUUCUUGAAGCCAUUAUCUACAAUCUAUGCAAGGACAAUGACUGGGACUUUAUGCCGAUGCGUUUCUGGGUGGGGAUGUGGACAGUUGGAAUCAUACUGGUAAUCGUCACCUUUAAUCUCAGCGCCCUCGUCAAGUAUAUAACACGGUUCACGGAAGAGAGUUUUGCGACAUUAAUCGCAGUCAUUUUCAUCGUGGAAGCGUUUAAAAAAGUGAUUGAAAUAGGGUCUGAGUACCCUGUGAACUUUCACCCCAAUGAUCCGCUCCCAAGCUGUGUAUGUAUACCACGUGACUGCAAUAUUACCGAUCUCACCACAGCUGCGGCUGUUACGGGAACCACUGAAAAUACCACAGCUGUUGUAACCACCGCUGCCAGCCUGGUCAACUACACAUGCACAGACUUGGCUAACAUGACAAUUCAUUGGGCCUCGCUUUCAAACGAAACAUGCGCAAUGUAUGGUGGUCAAAUGGAAGGUCCUGGAUGUGGCGUGGAAUACGUGGGAGAUGUUUUCUUCUUCUCCAUCCUUCUCUUUAUUGGAACCUUUGCACUGACGUUGUCUUUUGUUGACUUCAAACGAACUACCCUCUUUCCUUCUGCCGUGCGUCAAAGAAUCAGCGACUUCGGUGUCCUCUUCGCUAUCGUUAUCAUGGUCCUUAUUGAUUUCUUUGUGGGAAUCAACACUCCAAAACUCAUCGUCCCAGAUGAAUUCAAGCCUACUCGCCGCUCUCAGUGGACAGUUAACCCUUUUAGUGACAAGAACCCCUGGUGGUUGUAUCUGGCGGCCGCCAUUCCCGCUUUAUUGUCCACCAUCUUGAUUUUCUUAGAUCAGCAGAUCACAGCCGUCAUUGUCAACAGGAAGGAAAACAAACUGAAAAAAGGCGUGGGAUACCACCUGGACAUGUUUGUGGUGGCAAUCUGUGUUGGAAUCCACUCUUUCCUCGGUCUUCCUUGGUACGUGGCUGCCACAGUCUCUGCGCUUGCACAUAUCAACAGUUUGAAAAAGGAGUCCGAAUGCACCGCACCUGGCGAUAAACCAUCUUUCUUGGGUGUCAGAGAACAGAGAGUUACCGCUCUUGGUAUCGGUGUUCUCAGUGGAUGUGCCGUCUUAAUCACCUCCGUACUCAAGUAUAUUCCUAUGCCAGUUUUGUAUGGAGUUUUCUUUUACAUGGGAUUUUCUGCACUAAGAGGAAUGCAGCUCGUGGAUCGUCUCUUCCUCUUCAUUCAACCCGUUAAAUACCAGCCCGAUCUUCCAUACGUCCGCCAUGUUCCAUUGUGGCGGAUCCAUAUUUUCACAAUUAUUCAGGUUCUCUGCUUGGCUAUUCUUUGGGUGGUGAAAACCAUUAAAGUCAUAUCCAUUGGAUUUCCCAUGAUGGUGCUUGCUACCGGCGUGGUCCGGAAGUUGAUGGAGUGUUUCUUCGCUCAGAGAGAGCUGCGAUGGCUGGAUGAUCUCCUUCCUGGGGCUAACAAGAAAAAAGACACAGACAUGAAUGGAGUCAGUAAAGUCCCAUACAAGUCGUUCUACUCCAAUUCUUCAACCAAUGGAAGCGUUCUAGACAUAAACGACAAGGAUGACUCAGUUAAACCAACAUUUUUUGUGUCUGAUGAAUGUGAUGCUAACAUCAUGCACCGAAAAAGUAACGGAACCGGAAAUACGAAGCUAUAACCCGGAAUUGCCACCAUUACUAUGACUUAAAGCAAUCUUUUUUCUGUGAAAAAAAAACUUUCCUGGAGCAGUGGUGUUUUGACACUUUGAAAUCCAUAUUUUUGAUAUACAUAUAUUAUAUUUUUUUAGAAAAAAAAUGUCUGUAGAAUUGUUUAGAUUAAUUAACCUACAUGUUGAAUAUAUAUUUGUUUUAUACAUUCAAGAUCAGAUUGUUUUUAAUAUGAAUGUACAUUUGUUAUUGCAAAUGAGGGGAAAAAAUACGCAGAUUUAGAAAAAAAAAUUUGUUCUACAGAUUUCCACCCUUGUUUUAUAAAAAAAUUAAUGCAUUUCUUAACUCUUUGGAGUCAACUAAUGCAUGUUAAUAUUAUCAGAAUUUAUAUUGUAAA